ACAAGUCCUGGAUCAAGAUAUCCACCAUCUUCAUCACAAGUUGUUCGUAAUGGAGCUGCUGGCUCAGCUGUUGGUUAUGCUUCACCACAAACUCAAUCAGCAUUUUCUGCUUAUCUCAAUUAUAUGACCCCAUCAUCAGCUGCUGCUGCAGCUGCAGCAUCAGCUUCAUAUGCCAAUCAAAUGCCACGUGUACGUGGACCAUCACAAAUGCCAAAUUAUUUGAAUCCAUUAUCAUUUUUACCUCAACCAAUAGUUGAUCCAAAUCAACAACAAGCAAAUGUUUAUUCUCAUCAUCAAAUGUUAAUGUCAUCAAAAAAUGGCUCAAUAAUGAAUGGAUAUCCAUUACAAUCUCAACAGUAG